AUGAUUCCUCCACCUCCACCACUUCCUCCUAUUGUAAAAUAAUUUGAAAGAGAAGAUGUUUAUAGGAAGAAAUUAAUGGAAAAAUUGGGUAAAGGAUCAACAACAGAUGAAAUAGAAAAAAAAUAAAAAAAAUCUUAAGACAUUGAUGAAACAUGUUAUGAUGGAGUAAAAGUUAUAGAGAAUUAACCAUUAGAUACUUAAAAUUGUACAUAAUGUGAGAGAUGUUAAAAAUGGAUUAAAAAUGAAUCAUAUUAACAUCAUCUCAUUUGUCAUUCUUCAAGAGUAUUAAUUUAAUAUAAAUAUUUAUUAAGAUUUUAGAUUGGUUAUAUUUAGGAACAGCAAUGAAUUCAGAAAAUGAAACUGAACUUGAUUUAAGAACUCAUGUAACAUAUAUUUUAAAUGCUGCUGCAGAAUGUUAAAAUUAUUAUCCAUAAAAAUAUUAAUAUCUAAAAUUACAUUUAAUUGACACUAUUGGAGAAAAUAUCUCAGAACAUUUUAAUGAAGCUUAUGAAUUUUUAGGUAAUAAUUAUAAAAUUAUAAAAAGAAAANGA